AUGCCCUCUCUCGAUCGGUUUGCUGAACCUUCUAAGAAAGGAAAGGUAAUCAGAUCUGCGUAUGACAGUGAAAGCUUUGAGUCGGACAUCACGAUCCAUGUCGAUGGAUUGGUCGGGUCCGCCACCAUCUCGCCGUCUGGGCGCGACAUAGCCCUUGCGUCUCCUGAUGGCCUUGCCAUCAUCGACCUGGACUCACCUUACAACCCGCCGCGGAGGCUGCGCAGUUAUGGGCUCCCAUGGUUGGUGACUGAUGUGCAAUGGUCCCCAUUCGCAGCAAGAGAUUAUUGGAUUGUAUCUACUGCCAACCAUUGUGCCCUCGUGUGGAAUCUGAAUCAAAGGGAAGAUUCCACCAAUGGCGCCAUUGAGCACUCUCUCCAGGGCCACACCAGAGCCAUCACUGAUAUCAACUUCUCUGCCCACCACCCAGAUCUUCUGUCCACUUGCUCUGUGGACGGAUCUGUUCAUUCCUGGGAUCUACGCCGACCCAGGCAACCCGUCCUCACGUACUGUGAUUGGUUUGCCGGGGCUACCCAGGUCAAGUACAGCCGCCAGAAUCCCCACGUGAUAGCCUCCUCCCACGAUCGAUGGCUUCACGUAUGGGAUGACCGCCGAGCGUCUGAACCGUUGAAGUCCAUCAACGCGCACAAGACCAAAAUCUACGGCUUGGACUGGAAUCGGGUGAAGCCGACUGCUCUGUCAACCUGCUCUCUAGACAAAACGAUCAAGUUCUGGGAUUACUCCAAAGAAGUAAACGAGCCCGAUCAUGUUAUUCACACCGAGUUCCCAGUCUGGAGGGCUCGCCAUACUCCUUUUGGAUGGGGAAUGCUUGCUAUGCCUCAAAAUGAACCUGGUGACCUGUACUUAUAUGAUCGGAAAAGACUCGACGAGACCCCCACAGGAGAGGUUACAAAGCCUGUGCACAUAUUUCCCGGGCAUGCCCCGCAAAAAGCCAAAGAGUUCCUGUGGAGGACUCGCGGUGGUAUUUCGGAAGACAGAACCGACGAUCGUGAAUUCCAACUUGUCUCCUGGGGAACCGAUAAUGAACUCAGGCUCCAGUGCCUCGAUCCAGAAGUUCUCUCGGAUGUCGGUUAUGUCAAAGGGGGGCGAGCUCCAAAGGCUAUAACCCUCACCCGCAAAGGUGCAGCAUAUAAAACAUUCCGAAACGUGGACGAUGAUUCUGCUAGAGAUAGAAGAACCGGCACGAUGAGCGACCCACGGGCAGCCUUUGCGCUGCAGCACCAGAGCGCGUUGACAAUGAGCAUGCGAUCCGGGUCCCAAGGCCAGCAUUCAAAAUCCAGCUGGCGUGGUCCCUCAAUGAAGGCCACCGUCAAGGGUGAGCGGGACAACACGCAGUCACAAAUCAGCUGGUUGAAGGGCAUCACGAUCACCCGGAGGAAGGAAACAACCAACAUGCCUAAGAGGCAGAUGUCCAAGGACUCCAGCAUCUUUGGCCACGGAUAUCCCGAUGACGACUGGGGUGAGCCUGACACGGUGCAAGAUGAACUGCUACGUAUCAGUACACAGAUCCCCAAGAUAAGAUGGGAAAACAUCGACAUGGACACACUGACUCUCAACGCCUCACUGAAUGGGCCUUGGGGUGAGAGUGGGGAUACCAUCUUUAUUAAGGUUAAAAUUGAUAUUCCUGAAGACUAUCCAACUUCGAGCGCCCCCAGCUUUCUCAUCGAAAAGACGUCAUUCCUUCCGGAGGAAACACACGCACGACUUACUAAAGAAAUCCACGAACUGGCCCAUCGGUUCUUACUUCGAAAGAAGAACUGUUUAGAAAAGGCUUUCACCUAUCUUUUGGGUGAAGCGGAUCUGGAGUCGAGCACAUUUUUCAAAAAUGUCGACUUUGAUGACGAUAUAACGGGUCUGGAAGACGAAAGCUCGAGCAGCGAAGAAGAGGAAGCGGAUAUUCCAACCGGAGGGUCUGCGUCUAUGUCCCAGGAGCUUGUACCACCGACCGAGAUCGAGAACUCUUUCACCCCAAUCAAUCGCUCAAUCAUUCCACCACCACCUAGGACAUGCGGUGCAAGGUUUUCUAACGAUUGUCGACUUGUUUGCUUCUUCCCUACGAAGGAGGAGAAGGCGAGAGUCCUGUUCUCUAAUACGACAGAGGUCAGCAAGGAGCGACCUAAGGGUGAGCCAUUUGCUGGUUUUGGUCGCCUUAACUUCGAUGCUGCCCCGAGGCAAAGGUAUAACGGGGACGAAGCUUCAGCUGCAGAUGAUCAUUCAGAUACGGAAGACUCGGACGAGUCCUCGUCAUCAAGUGAUUCAGGAUCCACUUCCAUGCACAAAUUGAGUCUAUGGUAUCACCCCCGACGCGUGCUAAGGAAAACUUGGAGUGAAAACCGCUCCAUUCGUUCAAGCGGAGGCGGGACUGGGACUGGCAUUGGUACAGCAACCGGCACAGUGAACAGUCGCCGGCGCAUGGGUCGCCCUCGGAACGUAGUCUCCUUGCACGAUGUGUCCUCCAUCUUGCCAUCAAAGAAGGAGUUUGCCCAGGGCUAUGCCAUAUUCGGUGAUGGAGCUGAUGUCUGUAGCCACAACGCUGUCCUCGCAGACAAGUACGGUCACACGGAUAUCGCCGAUAUUUGGCGUUACCUUGCUCUCCUCUUAAGAACGGGCAUCCCAUUGGAAGUUCUCACCCAAAAGAACAAUAAGGAAAACUCAAUCCUCGUGAUUGCUCACGACAUUGUUUCUCAAAGUGAGAAAACAUCAAACUGGGUAAACUUGGAAGAUAAGUUUCACGGAAACUCCUCACACCUAUCGGGCCGUGUGAAAUGGGGGCAUCAUCCACUGGCCAGAGACUUUAUCGCGGGCCUUUUUUAUUACUUUGAGAAGAUAGCCGAUAUCCAGAUGUUGGCUAUGCUAUCGUGCAUUUUCAGCGAUUCUUCUGCCGAUGAGUGCGUUGCCUACGUGGAAUCCCAACUACCGCAACCAGAAACUCCACUGGCUCUGAAAACACCGUCCUUCUCCCUGGAAUAUUUCCCCACUGAUGCAGCGGCCUGGAAUUUAAGCAGCAGAAACGAGAAGGGCUCAGCAGCUAACACCCCCCGCACUCCUCAGACACCCGGCUACGCAAGAUCUCAUGUGUCAGAAGAAGCAGUCUGGGGCGAGGAACUCGUGCCAAACUCUUAUUCAUAUGGCGAUACCCCUCCAGGGCAGAGCAGACUAGCGGAUCUAGAGUUGCCUAUGUAUGUUUCAAGGACCAACAGUCGGUCUGGGACCAGAGCAAAUACGAGCUUAGCCUCCUCGUUCACGGCAACAACCGUUCCCAAAAUGCUAACUGGAGACAACACUCCAUCACCGCCGAACCAAAGCAAGAAGAAGCUUAGUCCAGCUGAGGCAAUACUCAAUACCCUGGCGCCAGGCAUGAGCAAUGCGUGGGCAAACUCGGCAUUGGCUGGUGAUUCGAGCGUCUAUAGAGCAUCGCUAUCAGAUGACGAGUACCACACAGAAGACACUUUAUCCCUUGUUCAUGUCCCCGUAAGCGUUGCAGUCUUUGUGGAGGAUCAAACAAUCUUCGAUGAUGACGGGUGGCUUAGUACGCCGCUUCUCGAACCAAGUCGAGCGAGCCUAUAUGCGAACUAUCGCCAUGCAUAUGCGGAGAUGCUACAGAUGUGGAACGAGCCACUGGCCAGACUGGAGAUUAUGAAAUUCAAUAAUAUGAAGGAUGUCGGUAUUCCACCUAACAGAGAACACCACUUUCCCAAUUCCUUCAACAUACCCGAAGGAAGCAGUCUUGGGCAUCCACGGACAGGGUCGUCGCCAAUUGUCAUGGGGAAAAGAGACCACCUUCAAGCACUUGUGGCUUCCAACCGCGGGCUCGACAUCACCGGAAUGUGUCGCUUGCAUGAGACUCAGCUAGAACCAUUGCGAUACUCAUCCUCAAAUCUUCACACAGGAGGUGCAGUGGGCACUUGUGACCGUUGUCGGAGCACUCAAAGUCAACUGAAGUGCGUCUAUUGCCUAGAACCUGUUGACGCCCUAUUUCCUCCGUGUCUCUCAUGCGGCUGUGCCAGUCACGAACACUGCCUUGCAGAGUGGCACGCAGCGGGCGAAACUGUUUGUCCAGCCGGUGAUGAGUGCAACUGCGUGGAGGAAGCAUCCAAUGGGCAGGUUGAGUCCUGGGCUGCCCUCCAGGCAGCAAUGCUCAAGACCCAAUCACAAGUACAGGUGAUUCCGCCUGUGGUGGUUCCGGAGGAAGAUAAAGGCGGCGAGGUGCGAGGCAGACAAGGUAGUGCCGCGCCUGAUGUCAGCUUUGCAGCUGAUGUCGGCGGAUUGAUGCCUUCUGCGCUGGGUCUGGGGAGGCUGAAGAAAUCGACGGGGUCCUGGUCUCGUGCAUCCAGUUUAAGGAGAAAUAAAAGGCAAGAAGGCUAA